AUAGUUUUCUAUGGCAACCUUGUCGUUUAUUAAAACGAGAAAUGUCAGAUGUAGAAGAAGUCGGCGAGGGUGGUGAGGGCGCGGAGAUUUAUCCCUAUGGGGAAUACGAGGGCGGAAGGGACGAAAAUUUAGAUCGUCACGGCUGGGGCAGUGCGUUACUACCGAAUGGUGACAUCUACGAGGGUAAUUAUAGGCGUGGUUUGCGAAUGGGGAAAGGACUGUAUUGUUUUCGGAACGGGGCCAGAUAUGACGGUGAUUGGAGGAAAGGUAAAAAGCAUGGAAUUGGAACUUUCGUGUACCCUGAUGGAACUACGUACACUGGACAGUGGCGUAAGGAUCUGAAACACGGACACGGAACGUACCACUAUGCUAAUGGGGACACUUACGAGGGCAAUUGGUUUAGAAACUUCCGUCAUGGUUUAGGAACAUACUCGUACAAUGAUGUCAACGUGACCUUUUAUGGUACUUGGAAAAAUGGGCGUAUGGAGGGACCGGGUGUUUUGAAGUACCCAGGGUACCGCUACCAUGGGAAAUUUGAGCAAAAUCUGCCGAAGGGCCCCGGCUGUUUUACUUUUGAAAACGUUUGGAUGCAGCACGGUUUCUAUUUGAACAUUCGCGAUCCCGCCUUUGAUUAUGUCGGUGCCGAAGAUCUGACUUUGGACGACACCGAAGAAACGACAGAGUCAGAGUACCGCGGAAAUCCACGUGGAAUAGUACCAAUUUGGCGCGCCAGAAGUGUGGCGGCCUUCAAAUCGGAACUUUUACCGCCAUCGCCCGUUCCUUUGCCCUACAAAGAUUCUGAGGAUUCCCUCAUAUCCAUAAUGGAGUAUUUAGAACAACAGUACACAAUUGCGACAGGUGAAUAAAAAUCAUUAUGAUCCAGUUAACAUGUUGAUUAGAGCGACCUUCUCCCUUUCCUUUUUUCUUGCCACCUCGACGCACCUGUUUUUCCAGCAACUCUUCCUCAGCUUGAUCGGUCUACUACCGACG